AUGUUUUCAACAAGGAGUGAGUAUGACAGAGGAGUAAACACCUUUUCGCCAGAGGGCAGGCUUUUUCAAGUGGAGUAUGCAUUAGGAGCUAUAAAGUUGGGAAGCACAGCAGUAGGCAUAUGCGUAAAUGAUGGUGUAAUUUUAGCAUCUGAAAGAAGAAUUUCUUCAGCAUUAAUUGAAAAAGAUUCAGUAGAGAAACUGUUAGCUAUAGAUGAUCAUAUAGGAUGCGCCAUGAGUGGGUUAAUGGCAGAUGCAAGAACAUUAAUUGAUUAUGCAAGGGUGGAAUGUAAUCAUUACAGGUUUAUAUAUAAUGAAAAUAUAAAUAUAAAAUCAUGUGUAGAAUUAAUAUCUGAAUUAGCAUUAGAUUUUUCUAAUUUAUCCGAUAAUAAAAGAAAAAAAAUUAUGAGUAGACCAUUUGGUGUUGCAUUAUUAAUAGGAGGGGUUGAUAAAAAUGGUCCUUGUCUAUGGUAUACUGAACCUUCAGGAACAAACACCCGAUUUUUAGCUGCAUCUAUUGGAUCGGCACAAGAAGGUGCAGAACUAUUACUACAAGAAAAUUAUAAUAAAAACAUGACUUUUGAAGAAGCAGAGAUUCUAGCACUUACUGUUUUAAGACAAGUAAUGGAGGAUAAAUUAUCAUCUUCAAAUGUUGAAAUUGCGGCUGUUAAGAAAUCUGAUCAAACAUUUUAUAAGUACAGCACUCAAGAUAUCUCGAGAAUCAUUGACGUCUUACCAUCACCAAUAUAUCCAACCAUUGAUAUGACAACAUAG